AUGGGAUUUCAGACAGAUAGGGUGAAAUUCAACGUGGGUGGUAGGGUGAUGGAAACAACCGCAACAACCCUCGCCAAUGCAGGGCGCAAUUCAAUGUUCGGUGCAAUGUUCGACGAUAAUUGGAACCUGAUACUAUCAUCAAACAAGGAGGGCGAGAGAUUCCUCGAUCGCAACCCGGAUUGCUUCGGGAUUCUCCUUGAUCUGCUCCGAACCGGCGAACUCCACAUCCCACCCAACAUUCCGGAGAAGCUCCUCUACAGGGAGGCCCUCUACUACGGCGUCUUGGAUCACGUGCGCUCCGCCAAGUGGGGCCCAUUCGACGGCAACAGGUUAAGGUUGUCGCAGUCUCUGCAGGGCCAGGCUCCGGGUGACGGAACAGCCAUUCGGGCAGGCCCUGAUGGUGGCUGUUGCGUUGCGCAUGGCAGCAUGGUUCAUGUGUACGAUUGGAUGUUGGAUGAACACCCUCCUCUUAACCUCGAUUACCAGAGGGUUAAUGAUGUCGGGUGGGUUGACUCCGACAACGUUGUCAUCGGAGUGAGCGAACGCCUUGGGAGGGGUGAUGGUGGAAUGGGGCUGUUCAGUUCACACAGCGGAGAGCUUAGGUAUAAGUUUCAGGUUUGUCAUGAGAAUCAGGUGAAGAGUUACACUGCUGGGGCUUUGAGUUUUAGUUCGGAUUACAAGAUAUUUUCUAGUUGUAAGGGGAGGAGUAACGAGUACGGGGUAGGGGUUUGGGACCAGGUUACCGGGAAGCAGAUUGAUUUUUUCUCCGAGCCUUUGGGGUGGUCUCUUGGGGAUGCUGAUAAGCUUCAGUGGUUGGAAGGGUGUAAUUGUUUAUUGGUGGCUACUAUGUUUCCUAGGAAGGACAACUGUUACAUAAGUCUUUUGGAUUUUAGAGAGAAAAAGAUGGUGUGGUGUUGGUCUGAUGUGGGGGCUCCUUUUGCCGUGGAUGAGAAACGGGUGAGGGAUGCUAUUGCCAUGGAGGAUAAUAGUUCCAUCUGUGUGGUGAAUGAGUUUGAGGAUUUGGGAUUCAUGGAUUUGAGAAGUUCCGCUGCCACGGGCAUUAGGUGGAGCUCCAGAAGUAGGUUGAUGAAGGGGAAGAUGCCGGAGGAACCGUGUUACCCCAAAUUGGCACUGCAUGGGGGACAGCUUUUUUCCUCCAUGAAUGAUUGCAUUUCAGUGUUCUGUGGCCCUGAAUGGGUUUUGACCUCUAGGCUUAGACGAAGCUAUGGGGGCUCAAUAUGUGACUUUUCCAUCGGAGGGGACAGGCUUUUCGCGCUUCACAGUGAGGAGAAUGUGUUUGAUAUUUGGGAGACUCCAACACCACCAAUUAUAUGA